UGGAAAAGAGCCCAAUUUUUGAGCAGUUUUAUUUUGUAAUUUUACAAAGGGGUGGGAACUUGUAAAAGAGCCUUACAUUAUGUCCAACAGGUCCAACUGUUACUUGGUUGGGGGAUUUCAAUUAAAGUUUCUUAAAGAACACUAAUUUCAAUUCAGAAAAACGAGCCUUGAAGUUCCACGUGUCAAAUAAAAAGACGCUCGUGAUUCUUCUGGAGGCUAUAACAAUUGAAAUCGAUCUGCAUAUGAAAGGAGUUCUUCCAAAUAAUCCACUAAACUUCACAAUGGAACCCCGACAGCCAUGAAGAACCAUCAGAACCCACGUUUGAGACAACAACCAAAAACAGCCAAGCAGAACCCAGCAGUUAAAACAGAGGUUACUCGACGGUUUCAGGUGAAAGUGAGAAAGGCUCUCGAGAUCGUCAUCAUAGUAGUCAGUUGCGGCCUCAUUCUGGAGUUUUUCAUAUUUCUGUAUUAUUGGAUCCACUUGAAUAUUACAGACUCCUAUCUCAACGCAUUCUUCACAGUCAGUCAGAAGCUGUCUGUACUCAUUAGCCUCAGUCUCUAUCUCACUCUGCUGGCUAUCCUGUGUGGGGGAAUCAGUGGACUGGUGGGUGCGGCAGCCAAGAAGCCAGCUGCCGUGUUUGUAUCGGCCGUCUGCUACCUUGAGAUAUUUCUAGGCAUGUGUGAGUUUGGACUGAUCGGGGCAGUGUACCCUACGCAUAGACUGGAGUUAGCACUGGUGUCCCACCAGCAGCAGAGUGUGGAUGACUUCUCGGAGAGUCCCAACGAGACGGAGAAUGGAGAACACAUGCUCUGGGCCACCAUGCAGAUCAAGUUCCAGUGCUGCGGAAUGCAAAACAGGCACUGCACACAUUCCAUGCCUCUUUUCCACAAUCCCCACAUUUCAAAUUUUCUUAUUUUGAUAGCUUGUUUUACGUGUUUUUAUGGCUAAGUGCGUGAGGUUACUAUGUAAAGUAUGCAGUAUAAAGCAGUUCAUAAUAGUAUGUUAGUUUACCACGCAAAAUGUCAUAGCAUUAUGACAAAGUUAAAAUAAUUUUUGUUCCGUCUUUCGCAACGAAAGUAACAGAAUAUUUGUGCUCGGGUGCUUUUUUUUCUUCAGACAUUUCGACUUUUUUAACUAGCCGUUUUUGACCGAAUUUUUUAGCAUUCAGAAGGUAUUGUUGUUUUGAGCUUAAAUUUGAAGAUAUUUUACCUGU